AUGAUUCAAAAUGGUUGCAUUGUAUCCCAGGGGUGUGCCCCUGUGAAUUCUAGGGUACGCAACCAUGUCAUACCUAGUAGCUCUGUCUUUCGUUGUGCUUCGCGAAUGCCUGCUAAGGUUGCCGCCUCAAACAUCCGGAGCUUUUCGGGACAUAAUUUAGAAUGUAGAUCCUCGUUGCCUAGAGGAAUGACUUUUUCAAACAAGUUUGCUGCAUCAAGCUUACGUUUAAGUGAGGGUCAAAAUCUUCUCUUUCGAACUUUCCCUGUGUUACCUCAGUUGCGCAAGUCAAAUGUGGUCCCUAGAGCAUCGAAGGAUGUCCCGACUAGCUUCCGUUAUCCUCCAAUGACCAAAAAACCGCAAUGGUGGUGGAGAUCAUUAGCAUGCCUCCCUUACCUCAUGCCCCUUCAUGAGACAUGGAUGUACGCUGAGACAGCAUAUAAUCUUCACCCAUUUUUGGAAUGCUUUGAAUUCUAUACCUACCCUUUUCUUAUGGCAAUUGGAAGCCUGCCGAGCUGGUUUCUCAUGGCAUACUUUUUUGUUGCGUAUCUUGGAAUUGUGAGGAGAAAAGAAUGGCCUCAUUUCUUCAGAUUUCAUGUUGUGAUGGGAAUGUUAUUAGAGAUUGCCCUGCAGGUUAUAGGAACUGUGAGCCGCUGGUUGCCAAUGUCACUCUACUGGGGUAAACUGGGAAUGCAUUUCUGGACUGCCGUAUCAUUUGGUUAUCUCUUUACUGUCUUGGAGUGCAUAAGGUGUGCUCUUGUCGGUAUGGCUCUAUCUCUCUCCCCUUUGACAUUCACUUCUGUCGAUUUCAAUCACAAUGCACAUUACCUAUCAGAUAGUCCGUAUCAAAACAGCGUUCCGUUCCCCUUGUUCCCCUUCGAUUGUAAUCAUAUUUGCACUCUUAACUCUGCACUGCGACGCAAACCUCGUCGCGUUCCUCUCUCACUCUUUCUCUCCAUCUUGAUCUAUUGGUCUCUUCGAAAUCGGUUGAUCUCCGACGAGUUCUCGCGACAAAAGCUAGCUAGUUUCUUCAAUAUUCGGAAAUGCCUCUCCGACUCGAAAUCAAGGAUUCUAGCGAGUUUAUACUCUGGAACUGUCUGUAUCUGGAACCACCAAUCUCAGACCAUGGCUAAGUCAUUUGAGGCUACUGAGUUACCAGUUAGGUCAGCUAAGUUUAUUGCACGCAAACAGUGGGUUGUGGCAGGGGCAGAUGAUAUGUUUAUUCGUGUAUAUAAUUACAACACAAUGGAUAAAGUUAAAGUAUUUGAGGCACAUACAGACUACAUUCGGUGUGUGGCAGUUCAUCCUACCCUUCCGUAUGUGUUGUCAUCAUCUGAUGACAUGCUCAUAAAGCUUUGGGAUUGGGAAAAGGGCUGGAUCUGUACCCAGAUAUUUGAGGGACAUUCUCAUUAUGUCAUGCAAGUGACAUUUAAUCCUAAAGACACAAACACCUUUGCCAGUGCAUCUCUUGAUCGCACCAUAAAGAUUUGGAAUCUUGGCUCUCCUGACCCCAAUUUUACAUUGGAUGCCCAUCAAAAAGGAGUGAAUUGUGUCGAUUACUUUACUGGUGGUGACAAACCUUAUCUAAUUACUGGUUCUGAUGAUCACACUGCCAAGGUAUGGGAUUAUCAAACCAAGAGUUGUGUCCAGACUCUAGAAGGUCACACACACAAUGUAUCUGCGGUAUGCUUUCAUCCUGAAUUACCUAUAAUCAUUACUGGCUCUGAAGAUGGCACUGUGCGCAUUUGGCAUUCAACAACUUACAGGCUUGAAAACACAUUGAACUAUGGCCUUGAAAGAGUUUGGGCUAUUGGAUACCUCAAGGGUUCACGUCGGGUUGUGAUAGGCUAUGAUGAAGGUACUAUUAUGAUCAAACUUGGUCGAGAAGAACCUGUAGCCAGCAUGGAUAACAGUGGGAAAAUAAUUUGGGCUAAGCAUAAUGAAAUUCAAACUGUCAAUAUAAGGAGUGUAGGAGCAGAAGUGGAGAUUGCUGAUGGAGAAAGGUUACCAUUGGCUGUUAAGGAGUUGGGCACCUGUGAUCUCUAUCCACAAAGUUUAAGGCACAAUCCAAAUGGGAGGUUUGUUGUUGUUUGUGGAGAUGGGGAAUAUAUUAUAUACACUGCUUUGGCGUGGAGAAAUAGAUCAUUUGGUUCGGCCCUGGAAUUUGCUUGGUCUUCUGAUGGGGAAUAUGCAGUAAGAGAAAGUACUUCGAAGGUCAAAAUUUUCAGCAAAAAUUUCCAGGAAAAGAAGAGUAUCCGACCAACUUUUUCAGCUGAACGAAUUUUUGGUGGCACUGUAUUGGCAAUGUGCUCAAAUGAUUUCAUCUGCUUUUAUGAUUGGGCUGAAUGCAGGUUGAUUCGUCGUAUUGAUGUUAAUGUUAAGAACCUCUACUGGGCGGAUAGUGGCGAUCUAGUGACAAUUGCUAGUGAUACAUCAUUCUUCAUCCUGAAGUACAAUCGGGAUGUUGUUGCAUCAUAUUUAGAUAGUGGAAGCCCUGCAGAGGAGCAAGGUGUAGAAGAUGCCUUUGAGCUCCUACAUGAAAUGAAUGAGCGUGUCAGGACAGGGAUCUGGGUUGGGGAUUGUUUUAUCUACAACAAUUCUUCUUGGAGGCUUAACUAUUGUGUUGGUGGUGAGGUAACUACAAUGUUUCAUUUGGACCGUCCGAUGUACUUGUUGGGAUAUCUUGCCAGCCAAAGUAGGGUCUAUUUGAUAGACAAGGAGUUCAAUGUUAUGGGAUACACACUACUUUUAAGCUUGAUUGAGUACAAGACACUUGUCAUGCGUGGUGAUUUGGAAAGAGCCAAUGAAAUUCUACCAUCAAUUCCGGAAGAUCAUCAUAACAGUGUGGCUCGUUUCCUGGAAUCACGAGGGAUGAUAGAGAAUGCUCUUGAAGUAGCUACUGACCCUGACUACAGGUUUGAUCUAGCCAUACAGCUUGGAAGAUUAGAGGUUGCUAAGGGUAUUGCCACUGAAGUGCAGAGUGAGUCUAAAUGGAAGCAAUUGGGAGAAUUAGCCAUGUCUACUGGAAAGUUAGAAAUGGCUGAAGAGUGUUUAAAAUAUGCAAUGGAUUUCAGUGGGUUGUUGCUGCUAUAUUCCUCUUUAGGGGAUGCUGAAGGAAUAUCAAAACUUGCAACUCUUACUAAAGAGCAAGGGAAGAAUAAUGUUGCGUUCCUUUGCUUAUUCAUGUUGGGUAAACUUGAGGACUGCCUUCAACUGUUGGUAGAAAGCAAUCGGAUUCCAGAGGCUGCUUUAAUGGCCCGAUCCUAUCUCCCAAGCAAAGUCCCAGAGAUAGUGGCAAUUUGGAGAAAAGAUCUCAGUAAGGUUAAUUCAAAAGCAGCCGAAUCAUUGGCUGAUCCAGAGGAGUAUCCUAAUUUGUUUGAUGAUUGGCAAGUUGCACUUGCUGUUGAAUCUAAAGUAGCAGAAACAAGAGGCGUUUACCCUCCUGCAUCAGAGUAUGUGAACCAGGCUGAUAAAUCACGUAUCACCCUCGUUGAAGCUUUCAGAAAUAUGCAGAUAGAAGAUGGGGAUCAGCCUCUUGAGAAUGGAAACUCCAUCCAUGAGUUGACUGAACAAAAUGGAGAAGAGCACUAUACAGAUGAACACGAGGAACAAAAUGGAGAGGAAGGGAGCCAAGAGGAGGCAGUUGUAGUGGAUGCCGAUUCUACUGAUGGGGCAGUCCUCAUCAAUGGUAAUGAGGCAGACGAAGAUCUAGGUUUUGGUCGGGGUUUAUCGGGUGUUGCUCAUUCGGUGUUAAUGGCUACUUCGGUUGAAGCAAUCAACGGUGAGUAUGAUAGUGAUCCCGAAGAGGCAAAGAGACCGUUAACUAUGCGGAGGCGCGAAGCAAGCGACGACGAGGAAGCCGAAGGGGAAGUAGUCGCUGAUAAGAGGGAAGAUCGUAGAGUAGAGGUUCGUUCUGUUGACUUAGAUGAUGAAGGAGGUGUUGAAGAUUAUGAUGAUGAUGACGUUGAAGGAGAAGAAGAAUUGGAAGAAGAAGAGACAGUUGAAGAAGAAGUGUACGAGGAGAAGAGUGCAAGUGUUGGGGUUGAGGUUGAGGUUGAGGGUUUAGUGGUUAAGGAAUCUGAUGAUGAUCUUAGGCCCCCUUUGGAAGAUUCUGUUGAAGACCAUUCUGAGGAGAAAAAGGAGACUGAACCAUUUGCGGUGCCCACAGCCGGAGCUUUUUACAUGCAUGAUGACCGAUUUAGGGACAAUGCCGGUGCCCGCAGCAGAUUGAUACAUGGUGGUGGAAGGAGGCUGUGGGAAUCCAAAGAUGACAAAAAAUGGGGACAUGAUAAAUUUGAGGAAAUUUUGCACGAAAGGCACUACGAGGAGAGGAGACCUUCUAAGGGUAGUUAUCGUGGCCGUGGUAAUGGUCGAGGUCAUGAUUUUGGAGGGUAUGGUCGAGGAAGCAGGAAAGGAUAUAAUAACGGUAACAAUCAAAAUCAGAUGCCUAAGAGUGUUGUGAGAGGAAGAGGCCCCCAAAAGUAUGAACGCACCAAUUUAAGCAAUGCACCAUCUCCCCAAGUGCAAAAUAAACAAUCCCAUAAAUCUCGUGAGAAAAAGUCAAAUGUUGGUUCAGAGAGGACUACCACACCUGCUUCCCAUGCAAAAUUUGAUCCUGUGCCUGUUAAAAAUCAAGUGUUCGCUUCAAAUUUGAAUUCAUCAUCACCGCCAUAUUACCCAUCAGGCUCUUCCAACAAUGAUAUUAAUUUGGCACAAAAGAGGGAGGUACAGACGGGUGGCAGUAGCGGGAACAUUGGUCCUGUUGUUAUGGAUGAGGGUUUUCCAGUUCAACUAAACAAUGAUCUGGUUCGGGGAAAGAAUGUUGUGGAUUCCAUCAGCAUGGCAAAGUUGUAUAUUAAUGAAUCCAUCUCUCCAUCUGUUAGAAAGCCUUUGAACAAUGUACAUAAGGCACCACCUGGAUCUUCUGGAGUCAAUACUUCUCAAUCUCCUCACCUAAAGGCUUCUGGGACUGGCAGGGAUGUAUCAAUCCCAGUACAGACAAAUCAUCAGCGUGCUCCUUCACAUAAUAAAGUUUCUCCAUCACAAUUCCAGGCUAUUCAGACAAGUUUUGUUCCAGGGAGGAGCUCAACAUCUGUGCAAGCUACUACCCCACAGUUGGGCCAUAGACCUGGCAGUGGGUCUCAGUUGUCAUCCCCCCCCAAAACAUCCAAGGCAAUUAAUUCACAUGAUUCCGGAGAAAUGGAUUCAGCAUCUGAAUCAGAUAAAGGCAAAGGUGCUUUUAUUGGGAAGGGGAGGGGAGGUUCCCAUGGUGCAGGACAGGGAACUUUUGUUUAUGGCGGUGCACAGGUAAUGGGCACUGCUGGAAAUGUAGGUGUUAGUCAUGGAGAUCCAAACUUCCCUGCCUUCUUGCCAGUCAUGCAAUUUGGGGGCCAGCAUCCUGGUGGUAUAGGAGUUCCUGCUGUUGGCAUGGCAUUCCCUGGAUAUGUUGCUCAGCCUCAACUUGGUUUGGGAAAGUCAGAAAUGACAUGGCUACCAGUCUUGGCUGGUACUGCAGGAGCUUUAGGGCCUACAUACCCAUACCUUGCUGUUGAUGGUGCAAGCAGUCACCAAUCUGGACAGACCUCUGCAAUGGGUACUUCAAGCAAGGAACAUAAUGUUGACAAAGCUAAUAAUGAAUUGAAGCCACCACAGAGAUCUGAGUCUUCAAGUGAAGAGUUUGGACAAAGGCAGAAUAAACCGCGAAGAUAUUCAGAGAUGAAUUUUGGUCAGUGA